GGCCUCCAUCUUGGUUGGUUUAUAUGUAAUAUUUGGUGAUACACAACCCUGCAUACCAUGGCUAAUGUGCUUUCUGUUUUCAUUGCAGAAAUCGUCGUGAACACCUGUCUUCGGAGAAUCGCUCUCUUGGUGCUUCCGUAGUGUGCAUACCAUAAUUCUGAUGUCGGUCGGUGGGGCAUCACCACUUUGCCCAGUUUGUCACAGCCGUGGAGUUUAUAGUAUAUUGAUGUCGCUUGAAUGCCGCAACGGGAUGAUAAAAAACCUGUGUUCAUCGACGGCCUGUUCCUAUCCCUUCUCAAGAUAUGAAUCGACAAAAAUUUCAGUUUCAAAAGUUGCAGUCGCUACAGAAGAAGUUGACAAUCCGCACUGUCUCGACGACUUCCUGAAUGAAAUCCUUGGGACAUCGUCAGAUAACCACGAACUUACCACUGCUAUCUCGACCCCUAUUACCCAACCGCAUUUUUCGGCACCGGAUUUCAUCAACAAUUUGGAUUCUCGAUCUGAGUUAUCUGGAGGUACCAGCUACAAGUGCUCUUCCUCGCUGUUCUCAACCAAUCAUUGCGGGCCGGAUUCUGUACGUGGGAAAAAUUGCCUCCUUCCACGCUACCUUGUCGACAACCUAACGCUUGGUGAGUUUGUCUUCGACGGCCGCGUUCAAUUCAUAACUGUCGCUUCAGCCUGUUUACAACGUUGCACUGUUUCAAAAGUUGCAGUCGCUACAGAAGAAGUUGACAAUCCGCACUGUCUCGACGACUUCCUGAAUGAAAUCCUUGGGACAUCGUCAGAUAACCACGAACUUACCACUGCUAUCUCGACCCCUAUUACCCAACCGCAUUUUUCGGCACCGGAUUUCAUCAACAAUUUGGAUUCUCGAUCUGAGUUAUCUGGAGCUACCGCUGAUCGUGACUGCAAUCGCUAUGGUUCUAAACCUGCUUCCCGUUUGCCUGGUGGAAGUUGUGACAGUGGUAUCUCAGUUUCUUCCACUGCUUCACCAUGUUCGCCAUCUUUUACCUACGAAGAACAUCUGAAGCACUUCAACCAUCAAUCGUCCCCCACUUCCCUGUCCGAACAUCCAACAGUUGUCUCCCCAACAGCCCCCAGACAUACCGCCUCUACGAGGAAAGUUACCAGACACAUGUCAGUUGUGGAUCGUAUUAUCCACUCCCGAAGAUCACUUCAGUGAUCUGAAAUGUUUUAUAUAUUUGCAGUUUGAUGAAGUAUUUUUUAACCGUUUACCACUCUUGCAUCGGUUUCUUGCAAAUACACGGUCUUGCCACUGAAUGCAGUCGUUUUUGCUCCCUCGCAACAGUUUCUGUUUGCUGCUUUCGU